UCAACGACUCUCUUCCUCUCUCGCUGCGCUCUCUCAACAACUCUCUCGCUCUCUCUCUCUCUCUCUCUGUGACAAGAACCCUCCCCCUCCACGCCUUGAGACUGGCUGAGCAGCAACACAGAUGCACAGAGCCAGAGAGAGUGAGAGAACGAGAGAUAAAGAGAGAGAGAGAAACAGAGAGAGUGGAAGAAAGGACAGUAAGGAGUAAAAAACGGUGGAGGUGAAUGGAGAAUUUCUUGAGGAGCUUCCCAUGCUGGUUCAGGAAGUGAACGAGAGAGAAGAGAGGAGAGGAGCAGAGAGGAACCGAGUGGAGAGAAGACGCGCCUACAGAACUCAGAGGAACAAGCCAUUCAGGAAUCUCUUGCAAGGAGCUGAGGGGGAGCGAGUGAGCAGCCCCCCUGGAAGAGCAGCACUUCCCCACGCCCUCCUCCGGACUCUACUCACACACUUACAGACACACACAAACACACACCCACCACACCUACAAGAAGGAGUGAGUGUGGUACGAGGGCAUUAUUGGAAGUGAGUAAAGAGAAGAGAGGAAGGGGAAGGAUUGGGGGAAAGCUGGAGCAAGGGCGAAAGAAAGAGAGGAACUGAAGUAAAAAGAAACAACAGUACAUCAAGGGGUUAAGGAGUAGAGAGCGGGAGGAGAGACAGAGAGAGCGAGAGAGAGAAACAGAGAAAGAUGGAGGCCCUGCUGCCGAUACUGCAGGGGCACCCAGGACUCUCGGUGGUGGGCUUCGCCAUGGCCUUCCGGUGCGUCCACUACCUGCAGCGGAACCUGCCCGUGCCAAAGGUGGUGAAGAAUGACGCCUUCCGCUACUGGAAGUGGAGGAAUCUGUCCGUGUCGCUGGUCCACUCCACACUGACCGGCAUCUGGGCCGUGACCUGCUUGGUCCUGGAGCCUAAGAUGCUGCAGAACAUCUUUUCCUUCCACACGCCAGCCUCCUAUCUCCUCGUCUGUGUUUCUUCAGGGUACUUUGUACAGGAUGCCUGUGAUAUCAUCUUAACGGGUCAUGCAAGAGGCUCGUGGGAGUUCUUGGUGCAUCAUUUUCUGGUACUGGGUAGCUUCCUGUACACUUUGUUCACGGGGCACUACGUAGCGGGAGCCGUCAUCGCCUUACUGGUAGAGAUUAACAGCGUUACGCUGCACACACGUCUGAUGCUGAAGCUAGCAGGGGCCCAGUUCACGCCGCUCUUCAGCGUCAACAAGUUGCUCAACCUCUUCACCUACGUGUGCUUCCGCCUCAGUGCCCAGUUUUACCUCACCUGGUUCAUCAUGCAGAACUACAGCUGGCUGGACCACGCAGGCUACUUCCUGGUCACCAUGUUCCUCAUGAACAUCAUGAUCCUGAUCUACUUCUACAGACUGAUACGUGCCGACUUCUUCCCGCGCCAGAAGAGACAUGCGGAGCAGAAUGGCACGCAUAGCAACAACAGCACCAAGUUCCUCAACGACUAAGAAGGCAAAGAUUUUGAAAACUUUUCUGUUUUUUUCUAUGUUUGAUUUUUAUUUUAAUUAUAAUUUUGUAUCUGUUUUGGUUUUGUAUGUGCUUGGUUUCCUUGGAGGUCCUAAACAAGAACUUUGCCGUGACUCCCUCACACCUUGCAAGCGAUUCCCAUUAAAACCAAGCAAAACGCUUGUGAUCUGAAACAGCGAACCGCGUCCAGAGUUUCUGACUCAACACCAGUUUACUUCUGCUAUGUUUACAUCCUGCCUGACUACAUCCUGCAUAUUCAGAUACCCUUUAUAUCCCUGUGCAUGUUGGUGGUCUUCUAGUGGGAGACAGCAAAGACAGCUGCCACAGUGCAGGCCUUUAGGUAGACUCUCACCUGACAUGAAGCCCCAUACAGGCUGAAAGUCAACCUCCCAACGUGCAAGAGACUGGCUGGUCAUAUCAUAUAGGCUGUGAUUGACCCAAAUUGUUUGAAUGUUUGUAAUUUACUUGAACUAAUUGCUGUUCUGAUUGGAGUUGUAUAAAUCCAUGGCCAUGUCAAAUAUCCCUCUGUUUUGUGGAAGGAAAGUCUAAGCCCAUACAUUUAAUCGUUAAUUCCUAAACCAGGAUAAUUGUGUUAUAAACAUUGCAUAUCUUGUAGGUUGAGCUCCCAUUCUGCCAGUGGGUACUGUGCACAAAGCAAUCCAUGAACAAACCCUAUUGCAAAUCAGUUGGUUGGUGCAUAACAAAACAGAACUAUGUUUCCUAAAUGCAUUGUUAUUGCCAUGUGAGGCAUAAUUCAAGUAUUUCAAGUAGUCAAGUAUGAAAGUACAAACAAAUGGGAAUAUUUCUGAAUUACUACUCCAGUUAAAAAGUAUUCGCAUGUUCUGAAAACAUCCAGAAUGAAUAUCUUUCAAAUGUGUGUUUAAUGAUUGACAAUAACAUACUUACGGUGUUGGGGAAGUUACUGUGAAGGCAUAGUUUUGCAAGCUACCAAUUACUUAAGUUGAACUACAGCAAAACUACCCUAGGGAGAAAUCUAGUUGAUAAAAUAUAAUAAUAAAUCAAACAUAAUACAAAA